CCUGGCAGCGAUUACAGCCUCGAGUCUUCUUGGGUAUGACGCUACAAGCUUGGCACUCCUGUAUUUGGGGAGUUUCUCCCAUUCUUCUCUGCAGAUCCUCUCAAACUCUGUCAGUUUGGAUGGGGAGCAUUACUGCACAGCUAUUUUCAAACACAACAAUCUAGCUGAGAAGUUAAUGACAGACUGUAGAAAAGGUCAUUCAGAAUUGUUCUAUUAUUUCUGCACAUAAAGUUAAUCAUAACAAAUGUUUGCCAACAUUCAUCUGUCUUUUACUGAUAGUCAGACAACAUUCUUGACAAACUUAAUUUAUUAGAGGAAAAGGGUCCUAUAAUGUUAGGGUGCUAACCAGUCAAAUCCCCUCCCCUCUUUGUCCUAAUGAGAUGCCAGUGGUGAGGAAGAAAAUGCUGGGAGAGCAUCCACCAUUUCACAUCAGGGAGCUUCUGUCCAUCCCACCAUCAGUGCUCAGACAGGAGGCCAUGUCAUUUCCCCUGCACUCACUGGCUGCCAUAUUGAUGGUCCAGUUAACAUCAGCAUCCAUGUGAACUCUCCAAGUGCUGGAGAGGUUGGUGUUGAGGAAGCGCCAGAGAAAACAUCUACAACUCAGGCUGCUUCUCCAGCCAACAGCAAUGAGACUGGAGGCCUUGUUAUUGCCACAGCAAACCCUGCUGUAAACUCUACAGAAGAUGGUCUCUCAGAUGGGUAUGUUAUGAUGUGCCAACAAAAACUCCAAUCCAAUCUGUGGAAGAACUGUCAACGUGUAUUUGAGGGAGUGGCUAAGCAAGGCGUUACAAAACUUCUCAAUGAGAUCUACACAGAGCUCUACAUCACAGAGGGUGGAAGUGGAGAGGUCAAUCUCGAACAUGAGGUGAGACAGAUCGAGGCAGCAUCCAGGAAACGACCAGAGACGCCUAUCAAAUGUAAUAACAUUUUUAAAACCUUACGCGUACAAGACAACCAAAUCAGAACUGUGUUAACAAAAGGGGUUGCUGGAAUUGGAAAAACAGUAUCUGUGCAGAAGUUCAUUUUGGAUUGGCUGGAAGGGGAAGCAAAUCAGGAUGUCCAAUUCAUCUUUCCCCUCCCUUUUCGGGAGCUGAAUUCAAUGACUGGGGAAAAACACAGUUUGGUAGAUAUUCUUCAUGAAUGUAUCGAAGAUGCAAAAGGGAUUGAAAAAGAGUUUCUCAACCACCUUUUUAUGACAUUGAAAGGAUCAGGAAAUUACAGUGAGAGCAAGUACAAAGUUUUGAUUGUCCUUGAUGGUCUGGAUGAGUUUCACAUGACUCUAGACUUCCAGAGCAAGAAUUGUAAGUAUGAUGUCACAGAGCCAACCUCUGUUGAAGUGCUGCUGACGAACCUCAUCAAGGGAAAUCUGCUUCCCUCUGUCCGCCUGUGGAUAACCUCUCGACCUGCUGCAUCUAAUCAAAUUCCUCCUAGGUAUGUUGACCUGGUGACAGAGGUACGAGGGUUCAAUGACCCACAGAAGGAAGAGUACUUCAGGAAGAGAAUCAGUGAUGAGAACCUGGCCAGCAGAAUCAUCUCACACAUAAAGACAUCAAGGAGCAUCUACAUCAUGUGCCACAUACCAGUCUUCUGUUGGAUUUCUGCUACAGUUCUAGAGAAAAUGGGUGAAGAAAAGAUUAGAGAGAUGCCAAAGACCCUAACUCAAAUGUACACACAGUUUGUAGUUGUCCAGGCUAAACAGAUGAAUGUGAAGUAUUAUGGGAAAUGUGAGACAGAUGCUCAUUGGAAUCCAAAGAUCAUACUAUCACUAGGAAAAUUGGCUUUUUGGCAGCUUGAGAAAGGUAAUCUUGUUUUCUGUGCAGCAGACCUGAAGAAGUGUGGCAUUGAUAUUAAAGAUGCCUCAGUAUACUCAGGAGUGUGCACAGAAAUAUUUUGUGAGGACUUUGGUUUGUAUCAAGAGAAGGUGUACUGCUUUGUGCAUCUGAGUAUUCAGGAAUUUCUUGCUGCUUUAUAUGUGUUCCUCAUAUUCAACAACAACAAUGUAAAUCUCAUGGCAAAACAGCAAUCCAUCAUCAGAAAAAUGCAGAUCAUGUUCAGAUAUAAACCUGCCAUCACCUUCCACAAGUGUGCGGUACAUAAGGCCUUACAGAGUGAGACUGGACACCUAGACCUUUUUUUCCGUUUCCUUCUGGGUCUAUCAGUGGAGUCCAAUCAGAAUCGUUUAAGAGGUCUACUGACACAGACAAGAAGCAGUUCACAGAGCAAUAUCGAAACAGUCAAGUACAUUAAGAAGAAGAUCAGGGAGAAUCCCUCUCCAGAGAGGUGCAUCAAUCUGUUCCAUUGUCUGAAUGAACUGAAUGAUUAUUCUCUUGUGGAAGAGAUCCAAAGCUACCUGAGCUCAGGGAAACUCUCCAGCGAAAAACUAUCACCUGCCCAGUGGUCAGCUCUGGUCUUUGUGUUGCUGACGUCAGAAGAGGACUUGGAUGUGUUUGAACUCAAGAAAUACUCCAGAUCAGAGGAAGGUCUGCUGAAGCUGCUUCCAUUGGUCAAAGCUUCUAGAACUGUGAGGCUGAACCAUUGUAACCUCUCAGAAGGAUGCUGUGAAGUGUUGGCCUCAGCUCUCAACUCCUCUUACCUGAGAGAGCUGGACCUGAGUGACAAUGACCUGCAGGAUUCAGGAGUAAAGCUACUCUCUGCUGGACUGGAGAAUCCAUACUGUAAACUGGAAACACUAAGGCUGUCAGGCUGCCUGAUCACAGAUGAGGGCUGUGUUUCUCUCGACACAGCUCUGAGGUCAAACCCCUCACACCUGAGAGAGCUGGAUCUGAGCUACAAUCACCUAGGAGACACAGGAGUGAGACUGCUUUCUGCUGGACUGGAGGAUCCACACUUGAGACUGGAGAAACUCAAAUGCUUGUGAGCUCACACUGGACCCAAACACAGCACACAGACUCCUCACGCUGUCUCAGGAGAACAGAAAGGUGACAUGGUUGGAGGAGAAGCCGUAUCCUGAUCACCCAGAGAGAUUUGAACAAAGGGAAAUGGUGCUGUGUAGAGAGGCUCUGUCUGGACGCUGUUACUGGGAAGCAGAGUGGUCUGUUAGGUCUUACAUGGGAAUGACAUAUAAAAGAAUCAACAGGAACAAGGGGGAUGAUGACGGUGUGCUUGGAUCCAAUGACAAGUCCUGGAGUCUGCACUGC